UUGUAUAUCGGGUAUUCCUUAAUUCUCUGGGCAAUCUUUUAUAUAAAAGUCGUACGCUAUGAGCUGCAUUAGUGACAUCCAAGCUAGAGGUGAUCGAUCGUCCCUUGCAUCUGUCAUGGUUAUCAAUUAAGCUUCACGCAAGCGAAGCUGCCGGAUCUUGAUCAAUCGAUCUUGAUAAUUACCUUUCGCAUCCCGUCGGCAUGAUAGACUCAGUACCUGAAUAAUAACAUUAUCGGGCUGUGGUAAGAUAAAUACUAACCCCUAAUCUUGUCAGAUUCGUUAUAUGGGUGGAGAUGACUCCAUGUCCCUCUCCCAAACUCUACGUCUCUAAUUUCAGUGGCUGAUACCGACCGAGGUGAGCACUGAGCGCUGGGGCACACUGACUCCCACUGAGGCUCAGGCUCAGGCUCAGUCUCGGGUGGCUUCUGUUAACGUUGACUUUUAUUUUUUUGCUUAAAAUCUUCCCCUUGACUUUGAACAAUCAGAACCAACCGUCUCGUCAUCCUUGGUUCGUCGCUGGCAUCAAAAUUUGUCGCUGCAUUUGGGAUUCUUUUGUUCUUUUCCUUUUGAAUUACUCGCUUCAAUAAGCGGGCCAUCUAUUUCGUCACUUGGGCCGUCAAUAUCGAUCCAUCUCAAAUUUCUCCCCCCGUUACCGAACGCAAACGCUGAACUUGUAGUGCACUGCGCUGGAAACCUCCUACGAACGAAGAUUGGAGAACAGAAACUCAUCAAUUGUUACCUUAUUCAUCUCACCACUCCCUAUUGUUAACUCACUUGGUUUACUCAUUGUUUCAUCCGGAUCAGAGCGACAAUUACUCGUCAUUCUUACUCGUACACAUUAAUUAUUCCUCCUCUUUCACGAUUAAUUCUCUCACCUUCAACUUUCGAUAUUUUCUCCUCCAAACUUUUUUCUCUUAUCGCAAUAACCAGCGCCCCUACUCCGUUAUUCACCUCAGUAACACUACUGUACCCCAGCCGCAAUUCCGUGCACACCCCCCCUCCGCCCGGUAGCUGCCGUUUCGCUCCUCCGCAUCAUCACACGAUUUCAGUUACACACCCUCCGCUUUUACAGUAUUGUUCCUUACAAACUUGUCGGCCCUGGCUCGGACUCAGGAUAUCCGGCGACAUCAUGAAUGCUGGCACGGGCAGGGCGGGCGUCAUAAGCGCCCCAGAUGAUGCUGCUCCGAUGGAUAAGUUGGCACAUGCUGUACUCGAUGAUGUGCUUUACAACGUUCUGAGCGACCUAUUGAUGAAGACGCACCGCGAAGAGAAGACAGCCAGAGCUACCACCGCUGCCAUUCGCAUCGAGAAGCUGGCAUCCGACGCGUCCGACAGCUCAACGCCAGACUCAAAACCGGACGUACGGAUUGAGACCGACGCCGCUAUAUACGAGGAUGGAAAAGUAUUGCUGAAGGGCAAUCCUCUCAAGACGACCGCCGAGAUUCUGUGCCCCCGAUGCCAUCUGCCCCGACUCCUAUACCCAACGGACGGAAAAGGCGCUCAAAAACCCGAUCCCGGUGUCAUCUACUGCAAGAAACAUCCUUAUAUUGAUAAGCCUGGGUGCGACAUCUAUGGCCAGAGUUGGGUCGCGCCAGGUCCUGGUCGGGGCAAGAAGAAGAAGGAUAUGGAAAAGAAUAAUACCGAUUCUCCCACCCCCGAACAGCGACCACCCAAUGUUCUUUCUUUCCCCUCAGCUACUUGCAGCAAAUGCAAGCGUUGCAUUCUCGUCACUCGACUGAAUAACCAUAUGGGCUCAUGCAUUGGGAACAGUGGUCGCAAUGCCAGUCGAGCUGCAGCGCAGAAGUUGAGCAAUGGCGGAUCUCAGAAUGACACAACGCCACCUUCAUCACAAAAGGCGACUCCUGCGCCAGGCUCCCGCGCCGCCAGCCCGAAGAAGCGCGAUGCCAGCGACGAAGAGGAAGAUUCUGAGAACAGUCACAAGAAGAAGAAGCUCAAGCCUACUUCCUCGGUCACCAAGAAGGUGAUUCUCAAGACGAAGCCGAACCUCAAAAAGGACAAACCUAAGGGUCUGUCGUCCUUAAGCCAGGAGCAGAAGGCCGACUACAGCAACAGUGAAUCCGUUGAGGUGGCACCCAAGAAGGUUGUGUCUAAGGGUAUCAGUCCUGUUAAGAAGCUUAAGAUGAACAAACCUCCGCUGGGGUCUCCCAAGCCCAAGCCUAGCCUCAUCCGCGAGGCAACUGGAGAGUCAGAAUCUUCAGACACUCUCUCAUCCCCUCCUCAGUAGACCUCGCUCGGGAACAGCAUCAUGAGCGAUGUGUCAUCGAUCUGAUGGCGUGUCAGGCUGUACUCUUAGUGUCAGCCUGGCCUACACGCAUCAGCAUGAAUGUCAUGGUUGGAUACGAUAGAAGCAGGUAGUACGUCACGCGACAAAGGACAUCAUUUGCUUAUCGCUUGCUUCUCAAGAACAUUUACUCUACUUGUAUUAUCAUCAAUACAUCAUUGCAUUGGAAUGGCGAGCUGGUUGGCUAAGGUUACCGGGACCGGAUAUUUACAGCAUCCAUGGAAAAGGGACCGGGGCGUUUUUGGCGUAAUGAGUACAACAAUGGAUAUUUGCAGAAAUAUGAUCUUGAACGCGACCUGUGACCGUGAUCGUGACUAGUAACUUUUAAUCCUGAACGCCAAUGCUAGAGAUGUCUAAUCCACUCCGCGAAUGCUUUCUAUCUAGACCUCCUCCUCCUCCUCUACAACGCGAGCCUUGACAAUCUUGAUGUCCUCGAUAGGCCUGUCCUCAGACCCAGUCUUGACCAUGCCCAUCCUCUUCACAGUACUCAUGCCGGAUUUGACCCUUCCAAAGAUAGUGUGUUUGCCAUCAAGCCAAGGCGUAGGCGCAAGCGUGAUAAAAAACUGCGAUCCGUUUGUGUUGGGGCCUGCGUUGGCCAUGCUCAAGAUACCAGCGCCUGUGUGCUUGAGACCCGGAUCGAUCUCGUCCUCGAACUUCUCGCCGUAGAUAGAGCUUCCGCCGCGACCCGUUCCUGUUGGGUCGCCGCCCUGGAUCAUGAAAUUGGGGAUGAUGCGGUGGAAGAUGGUGUUGUCGUAGUAGCCGCGACGGACAAGGGUGGUGAAGUUAUUGCAGGUCUUAGGGGCGUGGGUGGUGUAGAG